AUGAUCUGUCAAUUGAAGCAAUUAAAUAGUUUGAAUAUUGGAUAUUGUUCUGUAGAAGAUAUAGCACCAUUGGGUCAAUUGAAAGAUUUGACAUGUUUAAAUAUUAAUCAUAUUCCUAUUGGAUUGGAAGGAUUGAAAAUAAUUGGUGAAAAUUUACAACAAUUGAAAAGUCUCGAUGUUACUAAUUGUGGAAUUACCAAUGAAGCAGCUCAAUACAUCAGACAAUUGAAUAAUCUGGAGAGUUUAACCAUUACCUUUGUAUUUUAUCAAAAAUGCUUGAAAGGAGUUGAAGCUCUGAGUGAAAUGAAACAAUUGAAAUCACUAAAUAUUGGUAAUAGUAGUGAUAUUGGUGGACCUCAGGGAGCAAAACUAAUCAGCUCAUUGUAUAAUCUGACUAGUUUAAGGAUGGAUGGGACUAUGAUUGAAGAUGAAGGAGCAAGAUUCAUUUCUGAAUUGAAACACUUGAGAUUCCUAGACCUUACUGGAAAUAACAUAUCUGAUGAAGGUGCCAAAUCUAUCAGUGGAUUGAAACAUGUGACAGAUCUUGAUAUGGCUCGAAAUGAUAUUGGUGAUGAAGGAGCAAAAGCAAUUGCAACUAUGAACCAGUUAAAAAGGCUAAUUCUUGACAACAACAAAAUAGGGGAUGAUGGAGCUCAAUACAUUGGCAAAUUACCACAAUUGAGAUCUCUUGCUGUUUGUGGAAAUAGAAUAACUCCAGUAUCUAUCCAAAAUUUAAGAAUGAGUUUUUCUCCUCCAUUUGGAUUCAUGGCUUUCAAUCAAUCAUACUAA